AUGGCCGCCGCCCGUUUCCUCGUACACCUGCUCCUCUUAGCCGCCGCCAGCGCCAGCGCCGUCGCCGCCGCUUCUGCCUCGCUCUCCACCAAUGCCACCGCAGCCCCUGGCGUCAGCGGCGGCAACGUCACCGGGUUCAGCUUCUCCCGGUUCGUCUCCGCGAACCGCGUUGUCAACGUGACGGACCAGGCCCAGCCGUGUGGGUUUUACCCUUGUGAACUUGAGAUCCCAUUCGUAUCCCAAUUCCCCACUCGGCCACUCUUGCGCCUGCAACCGCAGUCCGCAGAAGCGGGACGAACCCUAGCGGCGGGCGAGGCGACGGACGGCGAGGUCCCGCGGAGACUCAGUUUAGUUCCCGUUUAUGCAGUGAGCAAGCGACGCCGAUUGGCUGGGCUGGAGGGGCAGACCAUUGAUUCUGCUGUCCACGAAUGCAGAGUAGACUAUGAGCAAAUCAAGCACGGCGACAUUGGCAUGCCCGUCUGCUCCGACGUCUUCUCCGCUGGUGGCCAUAUGUGGCAGGUUAAGUUCCUUCCGUGUGGGGAAGAUGAGUCUGACCAAGCUAACUACCAGCAACUCAUUAUCCUCAUUGAGCUGGUGAGUGCAUCAUCUGGAGGCGUCAAUGCCAUGUUUGAGGCAUUCUUACUGCACAGGGAUGACAUUGGAAAACAUUUUGGCUCACUGUUGGAUAGCUCAGAUGGGACAGAUGUCUCGUUCGUCAUUGGAACUGAGACAUUCCAUGCACACCGAGUGGUGCUUGCUGCCCGUUCGCCGGUUUUCAAAGCCGAGCUCCUUGGUCCUAUGGCUGAGUCCACAAUGUCGUCCAUCACCCUACACGACAUUGCCCCUACAACAUUCAGAGCCAUGCUUCGGUUUGUUUACACAGAUGCCUUCCCAGGAGCUGACGAGCUUGGGGACUCUCCUUCUGAGAUGGUGCAGCAUCUGCUAGCUGCGGCUGAUCGGUUUGCAUUGGACCGGCUUAAGCUUAUGUGUGCGCAGAAACUGUGGGAAGGGGUGUCUGUCGAUACGGUUGCUGGAAUCUUAGCUUGUGCUGAAAUGUACAGCUGCCUAGAGUUGAAGAACAAGUGCGUUGACUUCUUUGCAUCAGAGGAGAAUUUCAAGAAGGCUGUGUUGACCAAGGGUUUUGUGCAGUUGGGUCAGGAGUUCCCUUCAAUUAUUGAUGAGCUAUGA